AUGAACGCCGUUAAGGAUUCAAAUAAGCUGGUGUCAUUUGAUGAUGUGGCUGUGGAAUUCAGCUGGGAGGAGUGGCAGGAAUUGGAUAUUUCUCAGAGGACCCUGUAUAGAGAUGUGAUGCUGGAAACCUAUAGCAUGCUGGUGUCCUUAGGGCACACUGGUCCUAAACCUCAAUUGAUUGUCAAGCUGGAGCAAGAUGAAGAGUCAUAUAUGAGAGAAGCCUCAGACAAGAAUUUCUCAGAUGUUCAAAAAAUGAAGCAUGUGAUUAAGACUUACCAGGAAGAUCCAGAUGAAUGUCUGCAUGAUGUAGCUGUCACAAAUAUUAACACAAUAGAGCAAAGAGUGAGAUUAGUGACAACUUCUCACUUGACCUCAAAACAGAAGCCAGAUCUGAAUAGGAAUGAUGAGAACUCCUUAAGGAUGAUGACGGAUGAGUUCAUUCAGUGUCAGAACAUGCUCCCCUACGGUGAGCCUGGUAAGAUGCCGGCUGCAUGUAUGCCUGGUGUUUCUCCUGUAGUUAAACAAUCGCUUAGAUAUUCAGAGGCUUUUAGUCAAAAUUAUGAUGGUCCAUAUUUUGAAUAUGGAGGAGAGAAGAUAUUAAAUUCAAAGAUGAUAUUCUUUCCACAUAAUUGGGUUUGCGUCAGAGAUCCCACCUCCAACCAUAAUGAAUAUAGAGAAGAAUAUGAUAAGUCUGCUCUUCUUGCCCAAGAACUUUGUCAGGGAAGGAGGUUUCCAGUCACUAUGCCUCAGAAAAGAGACACAGGAGAGAAUCCUUAUACAAGUAGUGAAUGUAAGAAAUCAUUCAGUAAGGAUUUACACCUUACAAAACCUGAGAGGAAAUAUCCAGAGAAGCUUGAUGAGUUUAAGCAAUGUGGAAAAUCUAUCUCUAAGAAGUCAGAACUAAGUUCUGACGAACCUAAAACAACACCAGAAGAGAAACCCUAUGAAUAUGAAGCAUGUAGGAAAUUUUCCACUCAAAAGUCAGGUCUCAGAAGGCAUCACAGAACUGACAAAGAACAGAAGUUUGAUAAAUGUAACAAAUGUGGAAAUUCAUGUAGAAUGAAGUCAUACAUCAAUAUGUUUCAGAGAAUACACACACGAGAGAAAUCUUAUGAAUGUGACAAAUGUGGAAAUUAUUUCAGACAGAAGUCAGACCUUACUGUUCAUCAGAGAACACACACAGGAGAGAAAAGAACACAUACAGGGGAGAAACCUUAUGAAUGUGACAAAUGUGGAAAGUAUUUCAAACAGAAGUUUCACCUUACUGUUCAUCAGAGAACACACACAGGAGAGAAACCUUAUGAAUGUAAUGUGUGUGAAAAGUCUUUCACCCUAGCCUCUAACUGGUACUUCCAAGCAGUCCAUUAUGUUCUCUGCUACCUGGUUGCCCAAAAGACCUUAGACACCCUCUUUCUGCCUUUCUGCCCCGAGUAUUUCUCCUCCUCUGUAAUGGGCCACAACUGGGCUUAUGCUCCAAAUGGAACUUUUCCAGCCCAUGGCCAAUAUGUGUUCUCCUAUGCCAUUUGUGUUAACGUUUAA